UAUCUUCAUCUGUCUAUACACUGAAACUUCGGUGUAAACCCACAUUCCAUACUCCCUUUUAUCAUCAUAAACCUCUUCUAAUCCACCUUCUACUACGCUAAUGAAGGAAAGCUUGCUAGCAUUGCUCAUUCUCAUCCCAUGCUCUCUAGCUAUCCUCAAUUCGGCCCAUGGUAGUGGUUUCACGCCGAAGAACUGUGCUUCGGAGUCGUUGGCCGUUGUCAUUCCACGCCGACAAUCAUUUCAUGGUUUAAAUGCGACGGUUGGAUUGAAUGGCAUGCGCGAAGAGUUCUCGAUCAAACAACAACAAAUUCGCAAUGCAAGGGUGAUUCCAAGAAGUGGGGGCAACGCUCUCCGACGCCCACCCGAAAUUCUCCGUCGCCCAUAUGGCAGAGGUCAUAGUGGUGCAUCCACCAUACAAGCAUAUAAAUUUCUCCCCAUCUCCCAUACAUUAGUGCAAGUCAGCAUUGCAUUGCUACUUGGUUUGAUUUUCUUCUUUUGAUUAGUAUCAUUAGUUAUAUUCUACAUGUAAUUGAAGAAUGUAGAAAACUGUUUUACUAAAAAUGGUUCGAAAUCAUUCUACAAUUAAUGGAUCAACAGGUUUUGGGAGAGAUGUGUCUUAGGAAUGAGAAAUGAUCGGAUCCUUACUCAUGCCUCAGUGGUAGACUCACAAGAGU